UACCUGGCUGAACAGUGCUGGAAUGGCGGCUUCAUCUACCUGAUCAUGCUGCGCCGGUUCAAGCACAAAGUCCACUCUCCUUACAAUGGCAGCAGUAGCAACAGCUCUGAACCAGGAGAGACACCGACCUUGGAGCUGGGUGACCAAGCUGUGAAAAAGGGGAAACGAGCAAGAAAGUUUGGAGUCAUUUCCAGGCCUUCUCCCCAGAAGGCCACUGAAGAACCCAAGAGCGGUCCUGGCUGUGAGUUGGACAAUGACCCCAUCUCUGAGUCGGACAAUGGCCCAGACCCUGAACUUGGAAAUGGUCAUGCUUUUGAACUAGAAAAUGGCCCAGAACCUCUCAAGGAGCUGGCCGGAUCCCAUCUAGACAGUUCAGAAGCAGACAGAGGGACGGAGCAUAGCAUUCCAAAGACAGAUGCUUCUCUACCCACAAGCAAUGACAAACGCCGCUUCUCAAAAUCUGGGAAGACAGACUUCCAAUCGAGUGACUGCCUGGCACGGGAGGAAGUUGGCCGGAUAUGGAAGAUGGAGCUGCUUAAAGAAUCGGAUGGGCUGGGAAUUCAGGUUAGUGGAGGCCGAGGAUCAAAGCGCUCACCUCACGCUAUCGUUGUCACUCAAGUGAAGGAAGGAGGUGCCGCUCACAGGGACGGCAGACUGUCCUUAGGAGAUGAGCUGCUGGUAAUCAAUGGUCACUUACUGGUGGGGCUCUCCCAUGAGGAAGCGGUGGCCAUUCUCCGCUCCGCCACUGGAAUGGUUCAGCUGGUGGUAGCCAGCAAGGAGAACUCUGCUGAGGACCUCCUGAGGUUAACGUCUAAGAGUUUGCCUGAUCUGACCAGCUCAGUAGAGGACGUGUCCUCUUGGACCGACAACGAAGACCAGGAGCCAAACGGGGAAGAAGACGAAGGACCCGGCUCGUCUUCUGUCCGGGGAGCAAUGCCCGGGACAGAUGAGUCCCAAGAUUCGGGCGGCCCCGAGGAAUCCAAGGGAAACCUGGAAAGUCCCAAGCAGGGCAGCAGUAAAAUGAAACUCAAAAGUCGACUUUCAGGGGGUGUACACCGUCUGGAGUCUGUUGAAGAAUAUAAUGAGCUGAUGGUGCGAAAUGGGGACCCCAGGAUCAGGAUGUUGGAAGUCUCCCGAGAUGGCCGAAAGCACUCUCUUCCCCAGCUGCUGGACUCUACUGGGACAUCACAGGAAUAUCACAUUGUAAAGAAGUCCACGCGCUCCCUAAGCACCACGCAGGUGGAGUCCCCGUGGAGACUCAUCCGGCCUUCGGUCAUCUCCAUCAUCGGGCUUUACAAAGAAAAGGGGAAGGGCCUUGGCUUUAGCAUUGCUGGAGGUCGAGACUGCAUUCGAGGACAGAUGGGGAUUUUUGUCAAGACCAUUUUCCCAAAUGGCUCAGCUGCAGAGGAUGGAAGACUUAAAGAAGGGGAUGAAAUCCUCGAUGUAAACGGAAUACCAAUCAAGGGCUUGACGUUCCAAGAAGCCAUUCACACCUUUAAGCAAAUCCGGAGUGGAUUGUUUGUCUUAACAGUACGCACAAAGUUAUUGAGCCCAAGCCUCACGCCCUGCUCCACACCCACACACGUGAGCAGAUCCAGCUCCCCUAGCUUCAACGCCAGUGCGGGCAGCUCAGCGGCAGGCCCCGAGGAAAGCAGCUCUUUGUCCCUGGGUCGGAAGGCCCCCGGGCCCAAGGACAGGAUCGUCAUGGAAGUAACACUGAACAAAGAGCCGAGGGUUGGGUUAGGCAUCGGUGCCUGCUGCCUGGCUCUGGACAACAGCCCUCCAGGGAUCUACAUUCACAGCCUGGCCCCCGGAUCCGUGGCAAAGAUGGAGAGCAACCUGAGCCGUGGUGAUCAAAUCCUGGAAGUGAACUCGGUCAACGUCCGCCACGCUGCUUUAAGCAAGGUCCAUACCAUCCUGAGCAAAUGCCCCCCAGGACCCGUUCGCCUUGUCAUCGGCCGGCACCCUAACCCAAAGAUUUCCGAGCAGGAAAUGGAUGCAGUGAUCGCACGCAGCACUUAUCAGGAGAGCAAGGAGGCCAGCUCCUCUCCUGGCUCAGGUACCCCCUUGAAGAGUCCCUCUCUUGCAAAAAAGGACACCCUGACUUCUGAAGCCGAAGCCUCCCCAUACUUUGCCCACAGUGUCCCAGGCUCCCUGUCAGACGUCGUGGUGGCUGCUUCUGAGGAUGAGGACCCUCCGGGUAGCGGCGGCAGCACCUCUGAGGACGGUGGCCCCCCAGCCAAAACCUCCACUCACAAGGAGCCAGGAAAACCCCGAGCCAACAGCCUUGUGACACUAGGAAGCCAGCGGUCCUCUGGGCUCUUCCACAAGCAGGUGACGGUUGCCAGACAAGCCAGUCUUCCUGGAAGCCCGCAGCCCCCCCGGAACCCGCUCCUCCGCCAGAGGAGGGUGGGCUGCUAUGACACAGACGAUGCUAGCGAUGAGGAAGAGUUUGAUGGCGAAGGGGACUGCAUUUCUCUCCCGGGGACCCUUCCCGGUCCCAGCAGGCCUCUGACAGAGGACGACUCAAGGCACAUCCUGAUGACCUCUUCCAAGGUCAUGGGUAUCAAUAGCCGGGGGGAACAGCCCCGGAAAACCGUGGUCAGCAAGGCCUCCUCGGUGCCUCUCCUUGGCCGCUCACUGGACUUAGAGGAGAGUGUCCCAGAGGGUGUGGGGGACACUUCUUCCCGAGCAGCCAACCUGCUGUCCUCUGCAGGAGCCUCCAGGGGUGGCCCUGGCUGCUCAGGGAGGAAGGAGCUCUCUGGAUCGAAGAGUUCCCCCAAAUUGGAAUACAAAGCUGACACAGGCACCCAGAGUCUGGGAAACACAGAUCCCCCCAGGUCCACCCAGCAGAAGAAUGACAGCCUGGGGUCCAGGCACAAACCAGUGGCCAGAGUCAGCCCACAUCACAAAAGGCCCGAGGCUGACGCCAGGCCCAGCACCUCGGAGACAGUGCACCUGACCGCUGGAGCCAACAUCCCCUGUGUCCGGGCCACUGCCAGCAAAGAGACCAGGACUGGUUUUCAUCCAGGGGGAACUGCGGAAAAGGAAUCUCUGGGGAAGCUGACUGUCGGCGAUGGGCAUGUCCCUGCCAACUGGGAGCCUGCCGCUGCCCCGCCCCACCCAGAUGCCGGCCUCUGCCCAGAGAACCUGCUCGAAGCUGCACCAGAGCAGGGUCAACAACCCAGGACAGGGCUGGAUGGCCCCCCAGACCUCGUCCCUACCCCAGGGCAGAAGGGGACAGCUCAUCCUGACCCCAGCGAGACCUCCAUGGACAUAGGGCAAGCCAGGCGGCCUGAGGACCCCAGAGAGCCAGUGGCACCCAGGGGUCCUGAGUCUGAGGACAGAUGUCAAGUGGGACUCGGCCUGGAGCGCAGCUCAUCCCCCAGGAAGACGGCAGCGGCUCGGCAUGACUUCAGCAACACUCCAGCAGCCCCAGAAGCCAGCUCGCCCAGGAAGGCAGCUGCCCACGGGGGAGGACCUGAGGCAGAGCGAGCAUCUCCAGCUGGUACCGCCCUGUCUCGAGACCUCACGUCCCAGGAGGAGAGACCGAAAGUUCCCGGUAACCACAGCAAGGCUCCACAGACAACAGCAGUCCUCGUACCCGAAAACUCCCGGGGCUCUGCUCUGCUCAAGGGAACGGACUCUGGGUCUGAGAGGGCCCCGCAGGCCAGCCCCACCCUGCCAUCACCUGCUGACAAGGCUGAUGGGGUGUGUGGCAGUGUCUCGGGCCACUGCUGCACCAGGGAACGCGGGGGCAGUCCGGUGACCGACAUCGACAAACUCCUCAAGGAGCUGGAUGCGUCAGAACCAAGACUCCGGUCUCCUCACAGAGGGGACCAGCUGACUCAAGAGGGACAUUCUCAGGGCCAGCCUCCAGCAGGAGCUGGAAGCGGAGGUUCCCGCCCUGCCGAGCCAGUCCUGGGGAGCCAGACCCCCACCCCGAGGAGGACCUGGGCAGCUGCUGGCCAGCCCCCUCACCCACACUGGGCCUCCCAGCCUUCCGUUUUGGAUUCCAUUAAUCCUGACAAACAUUUUACUGUGAACAAAAACUUCCUGAGCAACUACUCUAGAAAUUUCAGCAGUUUUCACGAAGACAGCAUGUCCCUGUCAGGCCUCGGCGACAGCACAGAGCCAUCCCUCUCAUCCAUGUAUGGUGAUGCAGAGGACUCGUCUUCUGACCCGGAAUCACUCAGCGAAGCCCCACGAGCUUCCAGCGGGGACAACUGGUCACCCCCUCAUUCUCGCCGGUCUUCUCACAAGGAAAACACUACGGAGUCUGAGGAGGAGCAAAUCGAGAUUUGUUCUCCAGAUGGUUCCCCCAACCCCCGCUCAGCUACUGCUCCCGCCCCCGCCCAGCCUGCACCCUGCCCGGUGCCGGCCAGAGUGCUGCCGCUGAAGCACAGCGCGCUCAGUCAGGUGGUGGGAAACCCGCGCCAGAGAGCGUCCUUUGUCCCUAGCACCUCCUGCCCUUCGAUUCCAGACUCUUCGCAGCCGUUUUCUCCCUUGGAUACAAGCUCUCGGGAGCAGGAGCUUCAUGCAGACCGAAGGCCGUCACGGAACCCCAGGCUCCCGUGUGAAGAAGAAACCCUGCAAGCCCCCCGCGCGGGCUCCGCUGUGGAGAGCGGCCGGCCCCCUAAGGCCGCCGGGCAUUUCCACAGCCUUCCGGUCACUCUCCGCAGUCUGAACGUGGUAAACGGUCUAGAACAUGACCUGCUCGGUGACAAAACGCCCAAUAAAAAACAAGACACAAACGUCAAUGCCACUGAAAAUCCGUCCCCCUUCAGCGCGGAUGUCCCUAAGAAUGGAGAAUCCGUUUUGACGAGCCUGCACGUCUCCGAAAGUCAGGGCGUGGAUGACCCGCUCCAGAAACCAAAAAUGAUCUCCCGGAGGCCCAUCAUGGCCUGGUUUAAAGAAAUAAACAAAAAUAACCACGGCUCGGCCGCGCAGGGCAAAACGGAAAAGGAGCAGCCCGUGGUGCCCGCCAGGAGUCCUGACUCCAAAAGUCAGGGGUCGAGUUCCAGCCACAAAAAGGGGGUUGCUGGGCUUCAGAGCCCCCCACAGCUGAAAGUGAGCCUGGAAAAUAAAGACCCACCUAAAAAAGGUUCCGUGGAAACACUGUUAAAUAACGGUCAGAAACCCAAGUCCGGCCCUAAGCUGAAGAGACUGAGCAUCAAAAGCAAGAGCAAGGUCACUGCCGAGGCCCCUGCGGCUCCUGCGGCCAAGGCCGGUGGGAUGGACCCCAGGAAACCCCUCAUUUCGCCCCAGGCCUCCCACAGAGCGCUUCCCAAGGGAGCAGCCCCCCGGUUCCACACUGCCGAGCCCGAGGAGCCGGAGAAGAGCGCCACAGCAGCCCCCAGGCCCCCGCAGUGCGUGCUGGAGAGCCGGCCGCCUGCUGCCUCGGGGUCGCCGAAGCCCCCCGCGUCCGAGACGAGCAUCCCAGCCUCCGUUUCGCCCCACACCUCCCCCAGGACCCUUCCUGAGCAAGGCGCAUGCCGUAGAUCGCAGGCGGCUUUCCACCCGGAGCCUGACGGCCCUUACGCAGCCGCCCCCGCGUCUCCGCGGUGCAGCCCAGAGAGCAGGGCGCCCCCUGCAGCUUCGGGGAGCAGCGCGUCCCCAGCCGCCCGCGGGCAGGACGUCCCAUCUCCAGGGCCAAGCGCGAGGCGCGGGUCCAGCCAGACGGAUCCGGCACUGCAGGCAGCCCAACCAGGGGUGACUUGCGACAGAGGAAGCAAAAUAGUUGCUGGCGAUCCCCUAGAGAGAACCAACCAGCUGAAAAUAGUGGAAAUCUCUUGUGAGAGAAUGCCAAAGAAUGGCUGCGGUGACAAGCCCGCUGAGGGUGACAGACUAGGAGGGUUCUGGGCCCAGAGCAACUGUCAGGACAAGAGUGAAAUCAGACCCUGUCACCAGUACCUGGAGCCGACCCCACAUCAGCCAUCAUCGCUCCCAUCUCGUGCCUCCCAGGUGGAGCCGGAAAGCCAGCGACCUUUCGGCGUGGCAAAACUGGCCUCUUCCUCCUCCUCCCCACAACUCCCUGCGAAAAAGGCCGAUUCUUCCCAGCCGAAGGCAAGCCAGGCGUCAGGCUCCCUAGGGAUGCCCAGGAAUGGUGCAGCAGGGGGCCCAGCACUAGAUGACCAUCCAUACUUCACACCAAGGCCGGCGACCAGGACCUACUCCAUGCCUGCCCAGUUUUCAAGCCACUUUGGCCGGGAGGGGCAUGGCCUGCCCAGCCCAGGUCGCUCGCAUCGGGACAGCCAGAUCCUUGCAACAAGUGGGGGCCUCCCUGAGGCCAAGGCAACCAGAGGCAGUGUCCUUGGCCUGGCUAAUGGACAGGGCGUAUAUAGCGUAAAGCCCCUUCUGGAGACAUCGAGGAACCUUCCGACCACAGAUGAAGGGGAUGUCCUUUCAGUGCAAGAAAGGAGCUGUCUAGUCACAGACAAAAUCAAAGUCACCAGAAGACAUUACUACCCUGAGCAGAACUAUGAAUCUACCUCAUUUUUCUCUGUGAAGCAGAGGAUCAAGUCUUUUGAGAACCUGGCCAAUUCGGACCGGCUGGUGGCCAAGUCUGGGGCGUCCCCCUUUUUGUCAGUAAGCUCCAAGCCUCCCAUCGGGAGACGGUCAUCUGGCAGCAUUGUUUCGGGGGGCCUCAGCCACCCUGUUGACGUGACAGCAAGGUUACUGAGACGCAGCCUGAGUUCCUGCAGCGAAAGCCAAAGUGAAGCCAGCACCCUCAUCCCCCAAAUGAGCAAGUCCCCGUCCAGCACGACGCUGACAGUCUCCCGGCAGAACCCAGCAGAGGCUGGGAACAAGGGCCCCGACCUGGACCCAAAGAAAUCUUCUGGAAUUCCCACCCCCACUGUGACUCCAGCCUCUCCCAGCAAGAGGAACAAGUCCUCCGUGCGCCACACCCAGCCGUCGCCCCUGUCCCGCUCCAAGCUCCAGGAGCUGCGUGCCCUGAGCAUGCCAGACCUGGACAAGCUCUGCAGCGAGGAUUUCCCGGCAAGGCCCACUGCCGGGCUCUUCAAAACCGAGCUGGAAAUCGUCCCCAGGAGGUCACUCGGCUCUCCCGCUGGAGGCCUCGGUGGAUCCACCGCCCUUCCAUGCCCCAUGAAGCCAGGGGAUGGGGCCUGUCCAGGAAGAAGCAGCCCUAAAGCCAGUGAGCCUGGGGGACCCAGUGCGGCCCAUCAUGUGGGUGAAACCACCCGGGAUCUGCCUUCUGGAAAAGGCUGGUCAGUCAAUUUGGAUCAGCUUCUCAUCUCAGCGGGGGACCAGCAAAGAGUGCAGUCUGUUCUGUCAUCAGUGGGGUCCCCAUCUACCGUCCUCACUCUCAUUCAGGAAGCGAAAGCACAAUCGGAGAAUAAAGAAGAUGUUUGCUUCAUAGUCUUGAAUAAAAAAGAAGGCUCAGGUCUGGGAUUCACUGUGGCAGGAGGGACAGACGUGGAGCCAAAAUCAAUUGUGGUGCACAGGGUGUGUUCUCAGGGGGCUGCUUCUCAGGAAGGGACUGUGAACCGAGGGGAUUUCCUUCUGUCCGUCAAUGGCGCCUCACUGGCUGGCUUAGCCCAUGGGGACGUCCUCAAGAUUCUGCACCAAGCACAGCUGCACAGAGAUGUCCUCGUGGUCAUCAAGAAAGGGAACGAUCAGCCCAGACCCUCCAGUAGGCAGGAAGCCAACGGGAAGGGCUCGCUCUCCAGAAAGACCAGCACCCUGGAGCCCGGUUUAGGGAGAAGCCUUCCUUCACACGAUGCGCUGUGUGUCGAAGUGCUGAAGACCUCCGCUGGGCUGGGAUUGAGUCUGGACGGAGGGAAAUCCUCAACGGCGGGAGACGGGCCCCUGUUCAUUAAGAGAGUAUACAAAGGUGGAGCAGCCGAACAAGCGGGAACAAUCGAAGCCGGAGAUGAAAUUCUUGCCAUUAACGGGAAACCCCUGGUGGGGCUCAUGCACUUUGAUGCCUGGACUAUUAUGAAGUCAGUCCCGGAGGGACCCGUGCAGUUGCUGAUUCGGAAGCACAGGAAUUCUUCCUGAAACAGGCACCAGGAGUGACGCUCACGAGUGGGGCUUGUUACAUUUUUUAACAACCACCUCCUUUUCUCAGUUCCCUUACUUUAGCAAAUCAGAACAACUUCUUUCAACACUGGGUUCCUAAAACAGCACAGGAACCUUGGUAUAGGCAAGGACAACAGAAAUCUCCAGGUUUUUACAUCUUUGUGGAGCUGACCUCUUGUGUGUGCGACGGCAAUGGCGCUGACCUCUGGAAGCCUUCUACCCGGAUGACCGAGGCCAGGAGGGAUCCUUUUUUUCCGGUGCCUCUUCCCUCCCUUUUUGUGUUUAUUGAUGGGGACACAAGAUGUGGCAUGCCCUUCUUCAUUCAAAAUAUUUACUUAAGACCUUCGCGUCCUUCCUGCCUCCUCGCUCAGCAGACCUAAUCCUGGUAGUGAGGGAGCCAACCAAGUCUGAGGGGCGACGCGAAUGUCACAAAUAAAGGACUACAGUUUUAUAUAAUUUUGUAAGUAAGAGAAUGCUUUCAGGCACAUUCAGUGGAAGGAGCUGUAGGUCUGUACAUUAUGGUGAAAAGAAAGUGAGACUUAAAAAAAUCAGUUCUGACCUAACAGUUAAGCUGAGCUCAGGAAUUAUCCAAAAAUGAAAAAGCAAAAUCCGGAAAGUGGUAUUUUUUUAGUGAGUGUCCUGUGCACUGUGUGGCUGCAGGGUUCACUCCGUGGGUUACUGAUCAUCAUGAAGUGUUGAUCGUGAUCUGAAAGUGUAAGUCGUAAGGCUAUUUUACAGAAACGCUGUUCUGAUAAACCGUACUAACUAGCCAUGAACUCUGCUGCUUAGAACGAGCAGCGGGUUCCAGCUCUGAAAGCACCUUGCACAUGGUUCGGAACUUGUCUUGAGUAAGUGCUUGAAUUCAAGACCAGUCAACACAGGAGUGGGCAGAAAUACUAUAGUCACUGGGUUUCCAUUUCUAUAUUUCAUGCACUCCCAACACUGAGCUAAAUUUUUAGUAAUCUUUUUAGCAUCCUUGGAUUUAUAAACAUAGGCAUUACAUUUACAAUCCAAAGGGCAGAGCUUAAAAAUCAUCCUUUUGGGACUUUGGUUGGUUGGUUUUCCCCCUGGCCAACAAGCUUAAGAAACGGCCCCUUUCUAAGCACCAGCCCACCUUCCUGACCUGGCUGUGACGACGCCCCUGCAGGGACUGCUUGCUGCUGGUGUUUUCCUGUUUUGCAAAUUCUUCCUUUGGCCCAAACUGUUCCCUGCAGAAGACUGGCGUGACUCACACUGCCCGUGAAGCUGGUCCCGGCUGCUCUCCUGUCAAAGCAUGACUUCUCCCCGUAGCCGCUCCCAGUCAAUAUGCUCUUGCUCCCGGUCCCAAAACUGGCUCCUCUCCUUCGUACUGCACCUUCUUUUCUUAAAUUCCAAACCUCCGUCAGCUUCACUUACCAAAAUGUAAAAAGAAGACAACGGGGAAUGCGGGUGAGUCACUCUUUCAAGGUAAAGAAACAGAACUGUGUUGCACAACCCCGACCCGAGAGGGACCCAGACCAGCUGCUCCAGUCCUGGGACUACGGGUGAGGACGCCAAACUGCGUGCGGGACGCCGCCCAGGUUUUGUGCUGGACGCUUCCUUCAGUAACCUGCAGCCUGGAUCUGUGGCUUAGAGAACAGAAGUGAGGUCACUGUACACCCGCCCCUGCCCCCAUCACGGAGAUGCUCGCGCUGUCACCUUUGUACAUCGUUUUCCGAGGGACUCCUCCCUUACCAUAAAACCUCUGCCGAGUUGGCCCACAGGGGUCUCUCGGAUGAGAAUGAAGUAUCUGGCUGGUGUGAGCCCAGACUUCUCAUUUUUUUUAAACAGGUUAUACAGAAGAGAAUGUAGUACAAGAGUUAGCUAGAAAGACAUGACUCAUGUAACUUCUACUUUUCACUACACUUCCUGGUAGGAUUCUGUAGGCAGUCAGUGCAAGGUGCAUGCUAGAUUGUUUUUAAGUCUCUGGGGUCAGGGGUGUGGUUUCUGCUUUCUUGCCUAAGUGGUAAGAAUAUUUGCCUCCACUCUUCCAGCUGUGCCUCCUAGUAAGAAAUUCACAGUCCUAUGUGAACAGACCGGAAUUUCUAGAGCAGUUCAGCGCAAUGGAACAGUCUCCUUCCGAGUCUCUGAUCAUCUUCUCUGAAAAGGACAAGGGUGGACCUUUCACUCACUGAAGUAGGCUAAAGUCAUCACUUCUAGUAUAUCUUGCCAGAAGGGUUUCCCUGGCCAACAGUUGGAACUUAAGGGAGAAAGCAAAAGGCUAAACUAUCUCUGACCCUCAGAUCGAAAGCUACUUAUUUGUCUUCAGUGUUCAAGGCAUGACUAGUAUUUCUAAUGAGUCUAAUCCCCACACUUCCUGAAGUGAGCACUAAUGGUAUUCUAUUAUCCUACUAAAACUUUCAUUGUUUCAGUUUUCUAAUGCAUCAGUCAUCCACAAUAAGCUAUGAGGGUAAAUACGUGUUGUAACAAGUAAACUGUAGUUGCAAGGAUAUUCUGUGAAGAUUGAAAUAAGUUGGAUUGCAUUUCUGUCCUCCGAAACACAUCUCAUUUAAUUUUAUGGUUGACUUAAUUGGCACCACACCUGUUGUAUGAUAUUCUACAUUAUCCUUUAUUUAUGUAAAAUAAAAUGCCUUAUAUAUUAUGGAAGAGUAAGUGCAAUAAUAUGAAAUAGCCUGUACAUUUUUAAAAUGUUGUCGCCAAGUUAUGUAAAUCCACAUCUCUGUAAACAACCUUUUUUAAGUAAUUUUAAAAAAAUAAACACUCUGCUUACUACUUUUUUUUUUUAAUUCUGCCAUCUAUAAAGUAACCUUGUAAAAUCUU